GUCGAACGAGGUGCGGCGAAGCCCCCUAUUUGCGUAAUCCACGACGUCCUCCCAGAGGCCAAGAAUUUUCCAGACACAGCCCUCGUGGAUGCCAAACCCAUGGGAGAUCACCGCAUGCCGAGCCUUGCAAACCACCAGCCUGCUGGAAGCAGAGAGGAGUUCGGCGACGCCUUUGGCGGAUAG